AUGAUUUUUGGUCGAGUAUGCGAUGAGUGGGCGGCGCCCGUCGAUCCCGACCCCCUCGACAGGGACGGGGCCGGGGAUGAGUUGGUCGGGGAUGCCUGGGCUCGGUUUGACGACCUCGUGGGCGACGAAUGGGAGUGGGAGGAGGGCUGCGAUUGGCUCGUGUGGGGCGAUGUAGCCCUGGUAUGGGUGGUGGCCGACGAGGAGGAGGAGGAAGAGUGCCCGCUGGCCGUCGAUCUCAUGCUGGAUGGGGACAGGGGUGGGGUUUGGGUGGCGUUGGCGAACCGUUGGACAGCCUCCGACACGUAUAACGUGGACGAGGCGUUCCGGUCGAUAGCCGAGGAGAUCUACGAUAAGGUGGAGUCCGGGGUGUUUGAGGUGGAGGAGGGCUGGGAUGGCAUCAAAAAGGGCGGUACUAUCGACGCGAACGGCAUCAAUGUAGGCGCCGAUGAAGCGAAUAAUAAUCGCGGUCUCGAUAGGUCCGGGGUAUCGGACAGCGGGUCCAGUAAUUGUUGCUUUUAUUGACCACAAACUCACGGCUGAUAUAUAGAGUAUUGAAUUGAGUUUUGUUUGUUUGUGGGGUAUAUAUAAACUGUAUAUUUAAUGACACACACAAUACAAAUGCUUUUAAAAUUGUGUAUUUUGAAUGGCAUUUAAGAGCUGUCCGUAAAUCGCUAGUCAUAUGAGAGAAACUGCUGUUUAUUUUAAAAGUGAAGUUUUAAACUUAAUUUUUAUAUUAGUUUUUUAAACGCAUAAAGAUUUUUAUUUUGUUUUUCAGACAAAUUGACUGCAAUUUAAAUUAUUACUUGUAUUGAGUGUAAACC